AUGAAUAGCACGUCAGCCACUUCUAUCGUUCAGCUAUUGAAGGAAAACCCUCAGAAUGCCAAACUAGUACUUCUUGGUGGGAUCAUAAUUUUUGUAGUGGUGACCUUUUUCCAGAGCAUCAACAAAAGUAGGAAGGUGAAACCUGCCAUAGGUAUUACAGAACCAACGGCCAAAUUGAACAAAAACAGAAAAUUUGGGCAUUGGAUACCAGACUAUGAGUUUCAAACACCUAUACCACCUGCAUUCGAAAAUUGGAGUAUCAAGGAAACCAGGCCAAUACCUUAUAGAGCGUUUAAGCACAAAUACGCAAUUAAUAUGGGUAUUAGGAACAUGGAAUGGGACAGCUGGUUUGAAUUGGACAAUGAAUGGGAAAAAUUCCACAUCCAUAAAUUAGAGAGAGUGGAAGAAAGAGGAACAGAGCUAUACCAAACCCUACCACCUGCUCGGGACGCUGUCUAUGAACUUUUAGAUGAAAUGUGGCAAUACUUGCCAAAUAGAUACCCGACUUUAUUCAAACAAAAAGAGUACGGUUUGGAUAACCUUGUGACUGGCGAAGUUCAUGUAUUCAAGGAAGGUUUCCGUACGGAAAAGCAAGAAGACCCGGCCCUUACAGCUGCGAAAAUGAUUCAAGAUGACUUUGCUAUAAUGAUGGAAAACGAAGAGGGUGUUUAUCACUUGAAAGCGGGUGCUAUAUUACUUGCUGGGUUCUGGAGGUUGAAAGAUAAGCUAAAUAUGCCAUUGAGUAUGAUCCAUACGUCUGGUGAUGUUCCUAAGUAUAAUGAAAAAUUGAAGAGUGGGAUGGAAAAGUUUUUCAUCAGACAACCAUGCGAUAAGCCUGUGGUUAGAAACAACUAUUUUAUUCAAACAGAUGAUCAUUUGCCAUGGUCCACAUCUAUUGGCUCUGAGAGUGAAGAGGGAAUUGGUUGGUACACCGCAGAACCAGCUACACAUGCUGAGCAAUUGUAUUUCAGAAGCGAAAGACAAUCUUUAAGAAGACUACCAAAGUCUGGUGCUAUUGUAUUCACCGUUAGAACCUAUUUCUUACCCAUAGCUGAGUUGGCUCAGGAACCGUACAUUCCAAGAAGGUUACUCAACGGGAUGAGCACUUGGGACACCGACGUACAAGAGUACAAGGGUUGGCACAAGUACAAGGACGUCAUAGUUCCCUACCUAGAAGAAAAAGCAAGAGAACAAGAAGCCAAUGGCCUAGUACAAGAGAAAGAAGUGUAUCCAUUCUAA